AUGGCCGGUGGGCUUGGUUACGGCGGGUAUGGCCUUGGAUACGGUGGUGGUUACGGCGGUGGCUACGGCGGUGGCUACGGUGGUGGCUACGGUGGUGGCUACGGCGGCUACGGCCUGGGAUACGGCGGAGGCCUGGGCGUCGGCGGCGUCGGUGUGGGCAGCAGCGUUGCCCUUCUGCGUGGAGGGCCUGGACUGUACAAGGCUGUGGCCGGCCCGGCCUUCCUUGUUAGAACCGUGCACCAAGUGAACAAGCUUUCCAGCGGUGGAGCGCUUGUCGCACACUCUGGCCUCGGAGGAGGCUAUGGAUACUACGGUGGUGGCUAUGGAGGUGGCUACGGAGGUGGCUACGGAGGUGGCUACGGAGGUGGCUACGGAGGUGGUUAUGGAUACGGCGGCUAUGGUUACAAGGGUUGA